AUGAAUGUUACCACCGUACUCGCCUAUGCUUUUGAGUACAGUUGUGGAGACCCCGUCUACAGACCAGACAUGGAUGAAAAGAGUAACAAUGUAGUUCCAUUCAGCUGGCCCUGGCAGGUUUCAUUACAAGCAAAAAAAGGAAUUUCCUACUUUCAUAUGUGUGGAGGAGCCCUCAUUGACCCCAUCUGGAUCCUGACUGCUGGCAAAUGUAUUAAGUUUGAUUUAGCUUUAUUAAAGCUCUCCUGGCCUGUGGUCUUCACUGACAAGAUCAGACUAUCAUGCCUUCCUUUAGCGGGUGAAGAGCUACCAAAUAACUACACAUGUGUCGUGAGCGGAUGGGGAAAGCUCAAUGGGAAAGGGCCUAAACCACGCAAGUUACUACAAGCUGUUCUACCCGCAGUCGACUAUGACACCUGCAGCCGGAGUGACUGGUGGGGCACUAAAGUGAUGGACACCAUGAUUUGUGUUGGAGGUUACUCCAAGAAUGCAUGUGAAGGUGACCCAGGCAGUCCUUUGAAUUGUUUUGGUAGUGAUGGCAGGUGGUAUGUCAAUGGUAUAGGAAGCUACUUGGGACCCGUUCAGUGCAACACAGCAAAGAAACCAAGUAUCUAUACCCGAGUGUCUGCCUUCAAUGGCUGGAUCAAUGAUGUAAGUCCACCCUUGAAAUUCUUUGUAUGA